UGUAACAUAGCCCAUCAGUACAAAACAUAUAAUCAAUUCUGCACAAACUGCAAAAAAACCCUGCAGUAGAAUUACAGAUUUUGCCACUGUCAGAAACACAAGGCAGUCACGUUAGUUUUUUUGGAUGUGACAUUCCAAACAAGCUAGAAGUUUUAGCCCAAGGGAGAGCAUCUAUCAAGCAUUUAACAAAGUGACAUGCCAUUUACUGCAGUUUCCCCUCAUACAUACACACAUACUUUGUGCAAACCACUUCUAUUCUGUUAUGUUGAUUCAAACAUGAUGAUUAGCGGCAGAUAAAAUAAUAUUAUUUUUACAAAUACAAAUCUAUGUAUUUUCAGAUUAGUUUUUAAGUUUCUGGUCACCAAAUUCUCCAGAGAGUGUCUCAAAUCCACACCACGUAGCUGACUGCUAGAUCUUGCAUUUGGAUACAUGAUUUUGCUGAAAUAGGAAUGGGAAAUACAUAGGAUCCUGUGAGAAACAGUGAACUGAAGAAACUUUCCUGAAGCUCAAGGAGCCUAUCAUUUCCAAGGAAAUCUUGACUGGUUUUAAAAAUGUUCAGAACUGCAAUUAGUAUCUUCCCCUAAAAUAGUUGUUGAAAGUGAAUACAUUAUUACCAGCAUUAUAUUUCAGACUUUAAUCUUAAAGGAUCACAUUUCCUCAGCAUAGUCUGUUGAACAAACAACACAAACGGAUGCCAUCCAGCACAACAGCUUCAGAUGUGGGGAAAUAGUUGUAUUUACACCAGCAUAUUUAGUUGACCCUUUUGUUGCCAAUUUCAGAGCUGAAAGUCCCAGAAAAAUAAUCUUUUCUCUGAAAUAAAUCAGUGCAAUUAGUUAAACUGACCUGUGUAAAUAAUUUUGGGAGAAGCAUGCAGGCAAACCAACCAUUGAGGUAAAUCAAAACUGUUACAAACAACUGAGUGAUUUGUAACUUGUCAAGGAACAUAUGUCACUGAAAAAAACUAGAAAUGGCUCAUAAAAAAUUAAAUUGUUCUAGGACUCUCCACCCCCCAAUUCCACGCUGUAUACUUCAUUAAUUAAUCGGUCAAUGCCACCCAGCGAAAAUCUGAGCAAUCAAGCUGUAGCAAACACAGUAUGGUUAUAGAUAUCUAUACAAUGUUGAAAUUGGACAAGUUCAAAAGUUCAGCAGCGAGUAGCUGCAAGGACGGGCUGCCGCCACACCCCUUUCUGCUGUCAGCAUGUGAGAAGAGUCCACGGUUGGAAAUAAGGCGGAAAUUGACCAUGUGCCAAGAAGGAGAGUUGAGCAAGAAAAAUUCACAGUAACGUUCAACCUUAAACCACUAAGAAAAAAAAAGUAAAAAGGGAGGGGGGGGGGGGGAAGAGGAGGCUGACUGUGCCGCGGAGCUGGGAGUGGUUUUUUUAUUGGGGUGGGGGGGAGAUCAGCCAGGUCCAACCUCUACUAGAGCCAUGGAGAGCCCGGUCCUAUCCUGUGUCAUUUACCCAGGUGAUGGGAAUAUGGGUGAGGCAAAAAAGACCUGCCCCACGCGGCUCUGCGGAGAGGCGGAGCAGCAGCCGGGGGUCCCUGGAAAAGCUCCGGGGGAAGCGGAGAGCAGCAACGGCAGCCAGCAGCCCCCCGGCUCCGGGGAAGGGAGCGCGGCAGCGGAGGAAGAGGAAAACGGGGGUGGGGAAAGCGCCGCGCUGCAGUUGCAAGCUCCCUGCGGUUUCAGCUCCUCCUUGUGCUUCAGCUCGCCCGGGGGGGACAAAGCCCCGCAGCAGGAUCCCGGAGCCGCCUCCCCCUGCAGCCGGGUAGUGCAGAGCCAGUGGGAGAUUAACAACGCGACGGCCGAGGAGGGGGAGGCGGGAGGAGGCGGCGACAUCGCCCGGCCGCCGCCUGGCACUUACUGCCCCCAGGCUGGAGCGCAGCCCAGGAGCCCGCCGCCGCUCUCGGAGGAGCCGGACCUGGUGAUCGAAGUGUCCGGCCGGCACAUCCGCGCCCACAAGUCGGUGCUGGCGGCCAAGAGCGACUAUUUCCGCGCGCGCUCGUCGCGAGAUAUCCUGCGGGUGAAGGGGGUGAGCUACGGGGCGCUGCGCCUGCUCAUCGACUACGUCUACACGGCCCGCAUGGGCGAGGUGCGCCACGACAACCUGGCCGAGGUGGUGAGCGGCGCCCGCGUGCUGCAGAUGCCCUGCGCCCUGCACUGCGCGGCCGAGGCCAUGCGCGCCCAGCUGCGCCUCGACAACUGCUACCAGCUGCUGUGCCUGGCCAAGAAGCAGCGGCUGGCGGAGCUGCGGGAGGCCGCCUACCGCUUCAUGAGCGACCACUACCUGCAGGUGCUGCGGGAGCCCGCGGUCUACGGCCGCCUGAGCGGCGCCGAGCGGGACCUCAUCCUGCAGCGCCGCCUGGAGGCCGGCAAGCGCUGCCUGCUGGUGGCCGAGGUCAGCGACGCCUUCGAGAGGCUGAGCGCGGGCAGCAGCCGGCCGCAGAGCCGGGAGAGCAGCCGGCCGCAGAGCCCCUCCUCCGUGGUGUCGCUGGAGGAGAGCAGCUACCUGAUCUACUGCUACCAAGAGGCGGCCAAGGAGUGGAGGGUGCUGACCCGUCUGCCGGAAGAGGCCAAUGCCAAGGGCUGUGCCAUGUGCGUCCUCUACAACUAUCUCUUCUUGGCUGGAGGCAUCACGUCAUCAUCGGGGGAGCAGCGCGCCCGUCUCUCCGACAAGGUGUUCUGCUACAACCCGCUCACUGACACAUGGAGCCAGGUGCGGCCAUUGGGCCAGCCCCGCUCACAGCUCAAGCUGCUGGCCCUGGACGGCUACCUUUAUGCUGUCGGGGGCGAGUGCCUCUUCACGGUGGAGAGGUACGACCCGCGGGCUGACCGCUGGAGCUCAGUGGCCCCACUGCCCAAGGGUGCCUUCGCUGUGGCACAUGAAGCCACUACCUGCAAUGGGGAGAUCUAUGUGUCGGGUGGCUCCCUCUUCUACCGCCUGCUCAAGUACGACCCUCGGCGGGACGAGUGGCAAGAAUGCCCCUACAACAGCAGCCGUCGCCGCUCUGCCGACAUGGUGGCCUUCAAGAGCUUCAUCUACCGCUUUGACCUGAACAGUGGACGUGGCGAGCAGGGCCAGGCUGGUGGGGUCGAGGUCUUCCGCUACAACACUGUGGCCAAGCGCUGGAGCCAGUGUGCCUCUUUGCGGCCCAGCGGCAACCCCCUGCAGCCCUUCCGCUGCGCCGCACUGGGCAGCACCAUCUACUGUGUUAACCGGGCUGGCUCUUUGCGCUUCAACCUAGCCCAGGAUGGCGAGGUGGAAGCUGAUGGAGGACUGCCAGGUAGCUUCGAUGCAGAGCUGCUCAAGGCCCCCUUUGAGGCCAAAGGUGUCCUCCUGCCUUUUGUGCUCACUCUACCAGAGAAGCCUGACAAAGCUGGAGAGCCAGACAGCCCCCUUGUGCUGUGAGUGGACUUGGUGUGGGGGGCAGCCAGCUCAACUGUGGGUAGGGGCUGUGUUCAGUUCCAGUGGGGCAUCUCCAUCAGCUGGUCUAGGGCCCCUUCAUCAUUGCAUGGCACACAUCCAGCCAGAGGCCUACACCACUCCAUAGGUGGGAGCUGGGCCUGCUUUUAUCUGAGCAGCCUGCUCCACAGUUACAGCCCCAGACUAGGGGCACCUUCAAAAGGUAUGCAUGCAUUAGCCAGCUGAGGUGCCCCUCUUGAAAUGUUGAUAUAGAGCCACUGCUGGUUAUAACCACUCUAAUCUUUACUGUGCUUCAUGUGGGAAGAAUUCACUCCUUGGCACUGGUUAGCAGCCAAGCAAAUUAAAGAAAAGUUGCUAAAAUAGGAUAAUCUUUGGGAUAAUGUGAGCCAGUUCCCAAUCUGGAAAAGAACUUUUGCCCUGGAGUUAUAUAAAUCCCUGAUAACAGAGGUUUGUAAUGGAAUAUUUAAUAGUGUUGCUCUUGUACAUAUACACGAGGAGCUGCUGCUUCUGCCAUUCAUUUUCUUCUCUCUUCUGGAUAUCGGUUGUGAAUGCUGCUGGCUACAUAAUUUAAAAGAAUUCAGUUUACUUUUGAUGCUAAACUUAACAGUUCAUAUGUUAGAAAAGUGUAAGGAGAUCAUCUGAAUUUCAUCCUUUCGGUUUUGGUUCAAUAGACUCUUUAAAGAAGACAUAGCACUGCUGCCCCAAGAAUUUGCAACCACAACGAAUGAUUUAACAGAGACCAGCUUUAAAGUAUUUAAGCAUUUAAAUUUUAAAUGCCUGCCACAUGUUCAUAUUUGGAACACAGGGGGAAAGUCAAUUUACCAUAGUACAGCAGAAUUGAAGUUUUCAUACACUCCAUGGCUGAAAGAAGUGAAACUUUGUGGAAAAGACAAUGCUCUACUUUUUUAUGAGAAGUUUUAAAUUAUACUAAACAGGAAGCAAAACUGUUCAGUUCAUGACAGAUUGACAUGACUGUGGGUACCACUAAGUUUUAGGGAAAACAUUUUGUAGUUUACUGUUCUUUAAGUGCAAAUCAAUGAAAAUCAGUGAACCUAAACCAAAUGUGAAUUCUUUGAAACUGGCUUCAUUCCGUUUACAUAUUUCAUUUUAUGUCCAGUAGCUUGUGGUAAGGGACUAUUCCAGCAUAGAAAAGGCUCUCACAGGAGAACAAGAAAAAGAGUUUGCUACACAGGCUGAUUAUACUCAUGUAUUAGAAUGAUGGUGACAUUUCCUUAUCUUUUAAUUGAGAGAAUGAUCUAUUUAUUUCAGGUAGAUGAAUGUCAUAAUUAAUAACUUACUGAUGAAUUAUAGUUCAUACUGAUGCCACAUACUUUUGUUUGGAUUCUGAAUCUUUAGAGAACAAUUGUUUAUGGAGCAGCAUAUAAAGAGGAGAAAAUUGAUAUCAUGGGAUGCUGAAGCAGACUUUUUGUCAUGUUAUUCAGAAAAAAAGAGCAAACCUUCUGGACAAGCAUGUUGUAUUAAAAAAGUGCACUUGCAUUUAUUUCAUAUAUUUUAUAUGUAGACAUCCAACAAAAGGAUACAGAAAAUUUGUUUAAAUUAAUAAGAAACCAUUUUCUAAAAAUAAAUGCGGUGUUUUUGCUAUUGCUAAUUCAGUCUGGAAUUGUCACUUGAUUAUGGAAAAGAAUUGUUUAUAAGUAUUCAUUCUAGAAAGACAUCACAUCAAAGAACUGCAGUAGAAGAAUCUUUAUGUUUUAUUAAAAUACCUUAUUGAGCAGGGUCCUAACAGUAAAAUUCUUAUAUCUUAUUGCUACUUCUAAAAAAAGUAGUAGAUUCUACUAUAAGACAUAAUUUUGGCAGACAGAAUCCAGGGAGUUCAUGGUUUGUUUGAUGUUUUACACAGUUGAUCUGAUUCCACACUAUUUAGAAACUAGUGAUGCAAUCAUGAAUUUUUAGUCAAAUAAUCUCUUCCCCAGUGAAUUCAGUGGAUGUUUUGAGUGAACAAGGAUUGUAGGACUGGACUAUUUACAUUUUAGCUUGACCAGAAUGCUAGUUGGUUGAAUGGAUUAGAAUUUGUGUUGUGUAUACAUGCAGAUAUUAGAUAUUGAUCUUUUACUUGCUGAUACACUUAAAGAUUGGUUAAUUCUUCAGCUCAACAAAUAAGAUUUUGCAUUUUGCUCCUAAAUAUAUACUGCCGUCUAAUUAUAAGAAAAGCUUUGAGGUUAAAGAAAAAAUGAUUUAUGUACAUUAGAAUUAUUUUUCAUAUGCACAGGUAAUGCUUCAGUUCCUGUAAAUGCAAACACUUCUGCACAUGCUUAACGCUAAGUAGGGUGCAAGUAUAUGCUAGAUAGGGCCUGAACCAGUACAAGAACCAGAUGCACAUAUUGAAAUGUUCAUUUUAUCUCAUACUACAAUUAUACAAUUGUUUAUGCAUUUGAAUACCUUAUCUAGGACAGUAUUUAUACUACAUUUCUAGUGAGGAAGCUAAUAAGGUGUGUAAUUUUUUCCCUUUUGCAUUUUAAUUUAGUGAUAUUUCAUGAAAAUGCUGCCUGGUUAGUUUUGGGUAAUUACUGUGACCUUAAAUUUAUGAAAAUAUUCCACAAACAUCCAACCAAGGUUUGAAAUGUACCUUAUAUCAUAGCACGUGCGCGCGCGCGCGCGCGCGCACACACACACACACAAAUCAAUAGUGCUACAGACACCAUGAAGACAUUUUUACUAUUUCAUUCAAACAGGGAAUGAUAGUAUUAGGCCAAAGUGUGCAUUCACCAUUUACCCUGGCAAAAUGAGAGCAGAAUCUGGUC